AUGUGCAAGCAGGCGUUGAUGAACGCCGUGAGGGGAGGGCAUGUGGAUGCAGUCAAAGUUCUGCUGGCAAGUUGGGAGGAAUUUGAACUUGGCAAAGACUGGUAUUUUAACCAUUAUGGCAAGCAUUCACCUUACGAUUUCGACGAGUUGGAGGCGUUGGAGGAGGCGGUGAAGGGCGAGGAGAAGGAGAUCAUUGGGGUGAUCUGUGAGAAGACGGAAGACCCAAGAGAGCUCUUCAACUGGGCAGUUGAGCAGGACAACCUCCAGGUAUUUCAGUGUGUGUAUCAAUUCCAUGGCGAGGACGAGAUGGAGAAUGUCUUCAGAGCAAUGAUCGAUGCGGCCGGUCGUGGGUGUCUGGAGAUUGUCAAGUUCGUGAUGGAAGAGUGUGGCGCUGAACUUGCAGAGCUAUAUGAAUGUGACCUUCUCUUUCGCUGCCCCCUCGUCACUGCGAUCGAGGAAGGGAAGCGGAAUAUCGUCGACUACCUGUACGAGCACAAUGGAUACAAAGACGCAUCGUUUAUAUCAGCACUCUGUGCUGCAGCUUGGUCCGGCUCGCUGGAAUUGGUGGAAAUGUUCUUUGGCAAGCAUGGUUUCGAUGCUGCUGCGUUAGAUAGAGCAUUCGCAUCGGCAGCCCGCGGUGGUCAUCUCGAGAUAGUGAGGCAUCUACAGUCGCUUCAGAAAUUUGAGCAGGCUGCUAUUGAUGAGGCUUUUGUAUCGGCAGUCAGCGGUGCCCAAAUGGAAGCUCUCGAAUACUUGUGUGCAAUUGAGGGAUACACGAUUUCGGCUGCUUCUCUCGAUGAAGCUUUUCAAAACGCUGCUGGCAGCCUCCAACUUGAUAUGUUGAAGCAUUUGGACAGCAAAGGGGGUAUUUCUCGUCGAGCGAUAAACAGCGCGUUUGAGUGCGCUGCAAUUGAAUCAGGAAUUCUGUCUGAACGGCGCGAUGUCCAAGUGCGGGUAUUGGAAUUUUUGGUAAACAAGGGAGGAGUCUCCCCCGAAGCCAUUGACGCGGGGUUUUCCGACGCAACACUUAGAUGUCGUCUGGACGUUGUGGAACUCUUGUACUCCAAGGGGUCGAUCUCUCCCAAGUUGGUUAACAAAGCCUUCCAAGAAGCGGCAAAGCACAACUGCGCUGAAGUAGUUCGGUUUCUCUACAAAACUGACCUUGUCAGUCCAAAGUCGGUCGAGAAAGCCUUCAUCCAGUUGCGGAUACGACGACGCCCAGACGUCGCUGGACAAAGCUUGGCGCAAGCACUCUUCGAAAGAGCUCCCUCGUCGGGUGUUACGCUUUUUGAAGCAAAAGGAGCUCAUUUCUGA